AAUUGUACAAGCUAUCAAAAUUUUAACAUAACCGAUACUCGGUACUAUUUCAAUCUCUAGUUGUUUUGGUUUCGUCACUACACCGGACUGUUCACUGGUCAACACAUGCUGCUCAAUAGGACCAAGGCCCCUGAACAUCCAACAAGACAAUCGCCUGGUGCUACAGACCUACAUGGCCUUGUGAUGAUCUGCACCACCAUGUACAGAGAGACAUGGGAUGAAAUGUCGCAGUACUUGGAGUCCAUCGAAAAGGUGGCCACAUCACAAAAGCUGGGGGAAGAGUACAGCUGGACUGGGAAGUUUGAAGCACACGUGUACUUUGACAACGGUGUGAGAGGGAACAAACUGACCGAUUUUUCUGCUCAGCUUGUUUGCCUUGUUCAGAGUAGAUACAAAGAAUGCACCGUAGAGAUAAAGAAGACGUGGUACGGAUGGACACUACAGUGGAGACUUCCUGGGUCCCUCCAGUUGCCUCUGUACAUCCACCUGAAAGACAACCAGGAAGUAAAGAGCAAGAAACGAUGGAGCCAAGUCAUGUAUAUGGAGUCAGCCGUGGAUCGCUUCGAUGACUCAGAGGUCAAGUACAUCUUGGCUACCGACGGAGACGUGGACUUUGAUGCCGACUCUAUUGUAGCCAUGUUGAUGCAGAUGCUAAGCGACAGGCAGGAGGAAGUAGGCGCGGUCUGUGCACGGACCCAUCCAGAAGGAUCCGGACCUUUCGUCUGGUACCAGAUGUUUGACUACGCAAUAGGACACUGGCUUCAGAAAGUCACAAACCACGUGCUAGGAUCAGUCCUGUGUGCUCCUGGCUGCUUCAGUGUCUACCGGGUGAAAGCCAUCGCCAGCGUGCUGGAGGAGUACCGGUCUGACGUGGAGGAAGCCUCUGAAUUCCUGACUAAGGACAUGGGGGAAGACAGAUGGUUCACCACUCUACUCGUUAAGACAGGCUGGAGGGUAAAAUACUGCGCGGGUGCCUGUGACUCCACCCACUGUCCGGAGGAGUUUGAUGAGUUCUGGAAGCAGAGAAGGCGCUGGAUACCUUCAACUUUGGCCAAUCAAAUCCUUCUCCUUAAAAACUGGAAGACCAUCAACCAGAACAACAAAUACAUCUCCAUGAUCUUCCUUCUAUUCCAAAUCGUCCUGCUCUUGUCGACAGUUAUCAGUCCUUCCACGUGUAUUCUCAUCGUAACCGGUGGGCUUUACUACGGAGUUGGCGUUCCUACCUGGUUGUCUUUCGUGCUCUUCGUUCUUCUCACCCUGGCCUUUGCCCUGAUCUGCAUGUAUUACUCACAGGAAACUCAGCUCAAGGUCGCGAAGAUAUUGUGUUUUGUCUUCCUGAUAGCCAUGGCUAUUGCAGUUGUGGGGACGGCGAGUCAAAUGGCCAUCUCCAACACAUCCAGUGCGCCACGCAUAGCUAAUGAUAACGGGAAAUACCAGGGUUGCUAUCAGGAAUAUAGCUACUCAGGAGAUUUGCUGCUGCCAAAUGCUGUCACGCGGAUAAAGGACCUGACUAACGCCAAAUGUAUGAGCCACUGUCAUGAAAACAACUUCUACUACUCAGGUACAGGGUCCCCCGGAACCGCCUGUUUUUGCGGACCUCAGCAGGCGUUGGAGAACGCGACCAGACUGCAGGAGAACAUGUGCGCAUCGCCGUGUCCGGGUGACAGCGGGGAAACCUGUGGGGGCAGGCCGAACCAAAUGUCAGUUUACGAGAUCAACAGACUGUUUGGAGUCCAGCUGCAAGUAGACGUGACUACCCUGUACAUCGCCAUAGUUGCGGGGAUACACAUUGUAGCAGCCCUUCUUCACCCACGUGAGUUCACGUGCAUAUUCCACGGUGUGGUGUACCUGUUCACCCUGCCGUGUGUCUACAUUCUCAUGAACGUCUACAGCGUGUGUAACUUGACAGAUCAGUCAUGGGGUACGAGGGAGGCGAAAUCUCAGAAAGAACAGAGCAAAGAAAGCUUCCUCGAUGACGUCGUGGCCAAGAUGCGUCAAUGUUGGAGUUUCUGCAGACGAAGCUAUCACAAAUUAGACGAAAGCAUCGAGGAAGAGCCUGAGAGAGAAGCUAUGGAGGAUGAGGUAGAUGGCAGGAUUGAUGUUGGCGACUCUGUGUCUUCCGGGUCCAGGGGCCAUAUGCGCAGCAUACCUGGGGAGGCUCAACCUGAUCCCGGAAAGAGGUUCAAGUCAACAAGGCAGUGGCUGCAAAGUAUAUUCGGCGCACUGUCUAAUAAGGUUGAGAUCUACGAGCCGAUCUUUACCCGAGAGGGGUACACAGAUACAAGCUUCAUCGCUGGGAUGUCUGAUGAGGACCUCAAAGACAUUGGAGUGGCCGAUCUGCACGACAGAAACGACUUUCGGCGUCACAUUAGGAAGCUCCAUCAGGAUGAGCCAGACAUCGACAUCAGAGUGCCGGAUAACGUGGAAACCUGGCUGACGAUGAUUAGCCUAGACACUGACGAGUACAAGGAAAAAUUCAGACGAGCUUUUCCAGAAGGCACCAAGGCACAAAUCGUCUUUCAAGAACUGAAGACGAUGACUGAAGAUCGCAUUGUGCACAAACUAGGUGUUCAAGCCAAAGGUCAUCUGCGAAGACUCAAACUUGCAAUCACGAGGAUUCGACAACCAACGCUGCGUGAGGAGAGGAUUCUCAAAGCAAAAAGAGACAUCGAUGGAAAGUUUCAAGAACACCCACCAGACGUCAUUGCCCAUUCGAAAAAGCCUUACCUGGACCCCACAACAGAACAGUUCCGUCUUGACCAGAACAAAGAGGAUGAGUUCAAACAGAAUCUUCAGCAGCUCCGGAACUCCUACCUUCUGACGUAUCUUGUGGCUAAUUCAGUGUGGCUGGUGCUGAUGUUUACCUUGGUUGAACAUGCUGAACUGCAGGUUAUCAACACAAACCCGCUGGGCUUAGUGUUUCUCGUCACCUUCACCUUUGUCCUGGGUGUCCAGUUUGCCGCCCUGGUCAUCCACCGACUCGCUACCUUCAUACAAUAUGUCUCACGUAUCCCAAUGACAAGGGAAAGGAUAUCGGCAAUGUGCCUCAACAUAAACAGUGGAUAUGAGCCUAUCUGAGGCUGGUAUGGCAUCUGGAUCCGCGACUUUCUAUCUCUAUGUCUGACUGGGUUAUGACUAUGAUCACGCACGAGUCUUGAUCCACCGCGAACGUAGAUUUGCCCCAAGCGGUCUUGAAUACGCGUAGAUUAUCUACAGCCCUAUCUGUGCAUGGUUCUUGUUAAAAAAAAGAAAUAUUGCGCUUUUUAGUACGUUGUUCGUAAAAUUGUUUUUAAAAAAUACGGAUAUAACAAAAGUAGAAAUAUUUCGCUUUUUAGUACGCUCUGCGUAAAAUUAGCCAACUUUUCAGCUUCAUUUUACAAGAUAAUUUUAAUUAUCUUGUAAAAUAAAAGUCAAGACGUAUGGAAGGUAUUUUUAAGAUAUUGUUUAUUCUGUUGCAUUUUGAUUCUAUCAAUCAUAGAAAUAAUAUGGGUUAUCGUUAAUGACUCUGUCCACGCACUGCCACUGCCAAUUUUGAACUGGACCAAAUUAAACAGUCGUGUAUGAAUGUUUGCGGGUGCAGUACGGAUAUUAGUCAUGGCAAACUCCUUCCACUCCAUCACAUCUUUGCGAUUUGCGAUGUAAAUCGUCGCUCAAUUACAAAAAUCCGUCUUGAGUUUCGUAAUCAUUCUUAAAGACUCUUGUGUGUACAAUGGGCUUACGUACUGCGUUUGAGAAAACAAAAACUAUGUUAUGAGAAAAAAACUGGAAUAAGUGGUGGGCUCUUAAAUGCGCUUUUCAGAGAGUUAUAGACAAUGUCUCUGUGGACACAAUAUGUAAAUAUGCUGCCAUGUAAAUGUUCAUGAUGCGAUGAAAACAGUGUAAGGGCUGAUACCCCUGCCCACCUGCAUCAAAACGCAGCAAUGUAAAGCGAAAAAAUGAUGGACAAGAGCCAUUUCCUCAUUGGUUAUACCGUUGGUGAUUUCCAUUCUCUCAUUCGUUGAACUGCUAAUUUCAUGUUUUUAAUGACGACAUGGAUUGGCAUGUAAACAAAAUGCCCGCCCGGUAUCAUGUUGAAGGUGCAUGUAGAAGACAUUCAUCCAACAUCUCAAGAAGAUCUCUCGUCAAUUUUUAUAUCCAAAUAUGUCUAACUUCAAACAAUCGGUACAAAAUUGUUGUACAGAACCAAUAAGACAGAUCUGA